AUGGCAAUCACAGCAGUCGCUAAUGAGGCCGCGGCGUGGAGCCUGGGAGUCGCAAACAAUCAAUUGAUCGUCAUCGGCUUCCUGCUUAGCAUCAUGAACCUCUGCCUCGGAAGCGUUACUUCAACAUUUUUCCUGCUCAUUGAAGCAAGAUUCGGAUCCUCCAUACUUCAGAACUACGAUGGUAUCCUUCGCAACAAACCAACGGCUCCGAAGUUGGGCCUGCCCUGGCGGGUCGUUCUCACCCUGUUCCUCAUUCUCCCAAUAGCUGUCAGUGUCGCCUACAAGACCUUCAAGGGAGGUGAAAGCUCCAUGAGGGUGACGAGCAUGGGAGACUACGUACCAUUUCCGACCUAUUACGGCAUGGUUGCGUCUCCUGGACUGAUGGUCUUCGACCAAAGGCCAACCGGUCUUCCUCAAUUCAUGAACGCUACUCAGCCUUUACGGGCAUUGUCAUCCCCAGUAAAUGGUUCUGAGCCAAAACUCCCUGGGUUUCCACACUCUUAUGGGUACAAUAUCCUGCUGCUAAAUAUCAACACCACCGCGGUACUUGAUAACGUCCCCGGCCCCAAUCCCGGCCGCCCCCCCUUCCUAGCCGCCCUUAACACCUAUAUACGCCUUCUCUUCAACGUUAAUUACCCGCUAUUAUAA